UGACCUUUCUCCAUUUCCGAUCUGCCGAUCGGAAUUCGGAAGCAUUUCGAGGGUUUGUUUGGAUCGCCCGAUCUCUCUCACUAUUUGUAGAGUUUUUGAGAAUUUCUAGGGUUUCGGUCUCCGCAAUAGGCUCUUCUGAUUCUAGGGUUUUCUUGGAUUUCGAACCCGGAAGGUUUUAGCCUGCUUAAGAAGCAAGAAUGGGAGGAGGAUUCCGAGUAUUGCAUCUCGUCAGACCAUUUCUAUCGAUCUUGCCAGAGGUUCAGACUGCUGACCGGAAAGUUCCAUUUAGGGAGAAGGUUAUCUACACAGUGAUUUCUCUUUUCAUCUUUCUGGUUUGCAGCCAGCUUCCUCUCUAUGGCAUACACUCGACAACUGGAGCAGAUCCAUUCUAUUGGAUGCGAGUUAUUCUUGCAUCAAACCGUGGGACUGUUAUGGAGCUGGGAAUCACCCCAAUUGUUACAUCAGGGCUGGUGAUGCAACUCUUGGCAGGGUCAAAGAUCAUUGAAGUUGACAAUAGUGUCCGUGAAGAUCGUGCCCUCUUAAAUGGUGCACAGAAGCUACUGGGCAUCCUGAUUGCCAUCGGUGAGGCGGUUGCAUAUGUUCUGUCUGGGAUGUAUGGCAGUGUUAGCCAACUUGGAGCUGGGAAUGCUAUUCUCAUAAUUCUUCAGCUUUGCUUUGCUGGUCUCAUUGUCAUAUGCUUGGAUGAACUUCUCCAGAAGGGAUAUGGUCUUGGGUCUGGCAUAUCUCUUUUUAUUGCCACCAAUAUCUGCGAAAAUAUCAUCUGGAAAGCAUUCAGCCCCACAACUAUCAACAGUGGGCGAGGCGCUGAAUUUGAAGGUGCUUUCAUUGCCUUUGUCCAUCUGAUGAUAACCCGGACGGACAAGGUCCGUGCUCUUCGUGAGGCUUUCUACCGGCAGAACCUUCCAAAUGUGACAAAUUUGCUGGCCACAGUUUUCAUCUUCCUUGUUGUGAUUUAUUUCCAAGGAUUCCGUGUUGUUUUGCCCGUAAGGUCGAAAAAUGCACGUGGACAGCAAGGUUCCUACCCAAUUAAGCUGUUCUAUACUUCCAACAUGCCUAUCAUUCUACAGUCUGCUCUUGUUUCCAAUCUUUACUUUAUUUCCCAGUUGUUGUACAGGAGAUACAGUGGAAAUUUCCUUGUAAAUUUGCUUGGCAAGUGGAAGGAAUCUGAAUAUUCAGGUGGUGGCCAGUACAUUCCAGUCGGCGGUCUUGCAUACUACAUUACAGCUCCAUCAAGCUUGGCAGAUAUGGCAGCCAAUCCAUUCCAUGCACUGUUCUAUCUUGUUUUUAUGCUGUCGGCGUGUGCACUAUUCUCAAAAACUUGGAUAGAAGUGUCUGGAUCCUCCGCUAGAGAUGUGGCUAAACAACUUAAGGAGCAACAAAUGGUGAUGCCUGGUCACCGUGAGUCAAAUUUACAGAAGGAACUAAACCGCUACAUACCCACAGCAGCGGCCUUUGGAGGCAUUUGCAUCGGUGCAUUGACAGUGCUGGCAGAUUUCAUGGGGGCGAUCGGUUCAGGGACCGGGAUCCUGCUUGCUGUGACGAUCAUAUAUCAGUACUUUGAGACAUUUGAGAAGGAGAGAGCCAGCGAGCUUGGCUUCUUUGGUCUGUGAGCUGGAACAGUUUUAUGCUACUUCUAGAUACAGGACGCGGUGCUAACGAGCUCCCCGGCAGUUUUGGCGAGCUGAGAGUCAUAUGUGUAAGUAGAUCCAUCCUUUUUUGACUUGAGGGUAGUGGGAUGGAAUUUGUAGUUCAGUGUAGUGUCUUGUGAAGCUGCUCUGCUUUUAACCUGGGACUUGAUAGCUCAGAAAACUGCCAAUGUGGCAUUGCCAACGGAACAAGAUGCUAUUCUAGAUCAGUUUUUUUCUUUUCAUUUCAAUUUCAUUUUGGACUAUGUAGUGAAACCUUUAUUAGUCCUUGAGAAGGGCUCUGAAGCCUGAGAAACCAAAGAUAGACGUUGUUACUGGCAUCACUAACUGCUGUUCUUUUUUAUUUUUAUUUUAUUUUUAAUAGCAUUGUUAAACUUCCUGUUAUAUUUGGUAUCGAUGAUUUGUCACAAACAUUUCUAUUCAAGUCGUUGUAGUUACUGAUUAA